GGCAGACUUCAUAGUGACACCCGUGCUGACCAAUCCGAAACAACCUUCCCGACAGCGUCCACCAAUGGCAGGCUCCUGUAGGCGUGUCCGUCUGCUGCAUGAGGUAGGUUUUUUUGUGGAGUUUGUUAAAUGACUGCAGCAAGAAACCCAGAGUGUGGAGGAACGAACUGAGCGGCUGCUUUACAGCUCACUGUGUGUGUUCGUGUGUGUGUGUGUGUGCGCGUGUACACAGUGGACGGGGGGGACACAGUCGCUGUCAUGAAACACGGCCGUAGCUCCUUCACGGCGUCCUAACACUCACCCCACUAUCCUCCUGCUGAUUUUCUUUUCUCCUUGUCUUUGUACCGGACACUGUUCCCGUGGAUGCAGAGCUCAGCAUCAGCAGCAACAGCAUCAUCAUCAUCAUCAACAGCAGCAGCAGCAGCAGCAGCUGCGGCCGCCGGUGAGUCUCCAACUUGACCGUCACCAGACAAUGGGAGUAGCUGAGCCGUGCUGCUGCAGCCCCAAGUGCAACUACUACUGCUACACGUCCUCACCCCUGGGAGACAAGUGCGAGAAGGAAAAGAAGGAGCAGCAGCGGACAGACAAGGAGAGGGAGAAUAGGACCUGCGCACCUCCCUCAUCUGGACAUCAACAUCAACAUCAGCAGCAGCAGCAGCAGGAGUACCGCAACAGCCGUUUUACGCACGGAUCCAGAUCCACAGCGACGCGCCGGCUGCGUCUGGGAUGCAUGUAAGAGCAAAUCAGUGAAUCAGAGAGGACAGCCUUUCUCCUCCUCUGUCUGUUACUCCCUCUGUGGAGUGGAUUAUUACACACACACAAACACAUACACACAUCACAGACACAGACACACCGUUCUAGUGUUUUGUCUUUGGAGGCACUGAGCCAAAAAACUGCCCAGGAAUAUGUGAGAAUUUCUUCCCUGGCCGCUGUGGAUCACGCAGUCUGGACCUCAGGUGUAUUUGUGAGCGGCUUUAACCUCGUCAUCCUUUUCUCCCCCUCUUCUUCACACCUUAUCCGUCCUCCUCCCUUUUCUCCUCUCCUUAUCACCUCCUGGACGUGCGCCAUCACCGGUGCCUCCUCUUGCCUCCGACCGUGGAUCCAGAGCGCAGUUUCGGGUUUGAAUUUUUGUGGAUUUCUCUGCCCCACCACUGGAGGUGACACAAGCAUGAUUUCAUGGCCGGUGAGGUCCCGGAGGAACGGACACUUUUGGAUGUAAAACACGCACAAUUACGCACCUUUACGCACAUUUGCGGAACAUCACCUUGGAGCUCCUAAACGAGAAGUCCCAAACCUCCCCAGUCUUCCUCCUCCCUCCUUACUCCUCCUCCUCCUGCCUCUUUUCCAAAACUAACUGGAUAUUUUUCAUAGAGACCUUCGUCCUCCUCCCUCCCACCUCCAAGUGAAAAAAAUGAGACUGGCAAAAAUGUGCCGACUAAACGCGCUGGGGAUCUAUUUGUGGGAGACGGUAGUGUUUUUCAGCUUGGCAGCAUCCAAAGAAGCUGCGGCGAGGAAAGCCACCACACCGAUGCCGCCCUCAGAGUUCCUGGACAAACUGAUGGGCAAAGUAUCGGGCUACGACGCCAGGAUCCGACCGAAUUUCAAAGUGUACAACAAAGACCCCAAAGGCUCCAAAAAUGAGGCUACUCACAAGAAAGGUCCUCCUGUUAACGUCACCUGCAACAUUUUUAUCAACAGUUUUGGGUCCAUUGCUGAGACAACGAUGGACUACAGAGUGAACAUCUUCCUGAGGCAGCAGUGGAACGAUCCUCGGCUGGCGUACAGCGAGUACCCCGACGACUCGCUGGACCUGGACCCCUCUAUGUUGGACUCAAUCUGGAAACCUGACUUGUUUUUUGCCAAUGAAAAAGGAGCCAACUUUCAUGAGGUCACCACCGACAACAAGUUGCUACGCAUCUCGAAAAACGGAAAUGUGCUCUACAGCAUACGAAUAACACUGGUCUUGGCCUGUCCAAUGGAUCUGAAGAACUUCCCUAUGGAUGUCCAGACGUGCAUAAUGCAGCUGGAGAGCUUUGGCUACACCAUGAAUGACCUCAUAUUUGAGUGGGAUGAAAAAGGAGCCGUGCAGGUGGCCGACGACCUGACGCUGCCUCAGUUCAUCCUCAAGGAGGAGAAGGACCUGCGUUACUGCACCAAGCACUACAACACAGGUAAAUUCACCUGCAUCGAGGCUCGCUUCCACCUGGAGCGUCAGAUGGGUUACUACCUGAUCCAAAUGUACAUCCCCUCACUGCUCAUCGUCAUCCUGUCCUGGGUUUCUUUCUGGAUCAACAUGGACGCCGCACCCGCCCGCGUGGGUCUGGGCAUCACCACCGUGCUGACCAUGACCACACAGAGCUCUGGUUCCAGAGCCUCACUACCCAAGGUGUCCUACGUUAAAGCCAUCGAUAUCUGGAUGGCCGUGUGUCUGCUCUUCGUCUUCUCUGCCCUGCUGGAGUACGCCGCCGUCAACUUCAUCGCUCGACAACACAAGGAGCUGCUGCGCUUCAGCAGAAGGAGACGACGACACAUGAAGCCUGAGUCUUGGCCUGUGUUGCAGGAGGAUGAGACGGGCGAAGGGCGCUUCAGCUUCCCCGGCUACGGCAUGGGUCCUGCCUGCCUGCAGGCCAAGGAUGGCAUGGCCAUCAAGGGCAACAACAACAACGCCGGGGCGACUUCAGCCGCACCCGAGAAGAGCAUCGAAGAGAUGAAGAAGCUGUUUAUUAGCCGGGCCAAGCGUAUCGACACCGUGUCCCGCGUGGCCUUCCCACUUGUCUUCCUCAUUUUUAACAUUUUCUACUGGAUCAUUUACAAGAUCAUUCGCAGUGAGGACAUCCAUAAGCAGUAGUUCAGAGGCCAAGGAGGAGGGGGGAGGAUUACAACAGCAUGAAGAGGAGAAGGAAGGAAUCAAAAAGAGAUAAAGAGAGAGAUCCCUUGAAACAGAGAUGUCACAGCCACUUUUUUCACUCCACCUUUAUUCGUCCUCUUCCUCUUUUUGCUCGAGGAUGAGGUGCUUUUGUCGCGAUCGCUCCAAAUCCGCCCCCCGUGACUCCUACUACCCGUUCUUUGCUUCCCUGCCCCCACUUUGUUGUCCUCUUCCGCCCUGACUCUGCCCUCGCUCCCUGCUCUUUCCAUGUUCUCCUCAACCCUCCCUAGAAUUAUCCGGACCAGUGCAAUAGCAAUGCAGUAAAAUGCAUGAUCAAUGAAUGUGGCAAUAUAUAAAGAAAAGAUGAAAAACGAAAACGUUACCACUGACUUUGGAAGAACGGAAGGAUUUUAACGCGCGGGAAAGACAGACUGGAGUCUCGUUUGUUUGUUUUAUUUUUUGUGGGAAGACAGAUAAACAGAUGAUGCUCAACAUGAGGUUGGCAGGGCGGUGUAAUGUUCUCAUGCUUAUAAAAUGUGGAAUAAAAGGUAUAAACUUAAAAAAUGUGUUGAAAAAUGGGGAAAAAGGGAUUGUUUUCAUACACUGUUCCUGCUUUUCCAAAAAAAAAAAAUAGAAUAGGUUGGAAGGUGAAUUCAGUGCUUCCAUGAAUUAAGGCGAUGCAAGGAUGUGACACAUUCUUCUAUAUCUAGAUUUGCUUCUAAUGUGUAUUGCGAGCACUCGUCAACGCUUCAUUCUCCCUCCAUGAAACACUUGAGGUUUUGCUGCUGCCGCCGUCAAUCACAUGACUGGACAUAAAACAACAACAAAAAACUAAAAAAAAA